AUGCCCGAUAAAGUCACCCAGGUGUACACACGCACGGAGGUAAUCGGCCGCGGGAAGUUUGGGGUAGUCUAUAAGGGUGUGCACAACAAGAGCAAGAAGAUCGUCGCGAUCAAGGUGCUCAACCUUGACACGGAGGAGGACGAAGUUAAGGACGUGCAGCAGGAGAUCCAGUUCCUCGCGGAGUUACGCAACGUGCCUAAUGUGACGCACUACUAUGGCUCGUACCUCCACGAUACGAAGCUCUGGAUCAUCAUGGACUACUGCGCGGGUGGGUCGAUCCGCACGUUGCUCAAACCGGGCCCUAUCGAAGAGCGAUACCUCGGAGUGAUUGUGCGCGAGCUCUUAGUCGCGCUCCAGAGCGUGCACAGCAUGGGCGUGAUUCAUCGCGACAUCAAGUCUGCCAACGUGCUCGUCGCGCGUGACGGACGUGUACAGCUCUGCGACUUUGGCGUCGCGGCCAAGCUUACUAGCGAGGCGCUCAAGCGCACCACCAUGGCCGGCACGCCGUACUGGAUGGCCCCGGAGGUCAUUAUGGAGGGCACUGCGUACAAUGUCAAGGCCGACAUCUGGUCGCUCGGCAUCACCGCGUACGAAAUUGUGACGGGUAACCCGCCGUACUGCGAGUAUGACGCGAUGCGCGCGAUGCAGCUCAUCACCAAGCUGAAGCCGCCGCGGCUCGAGGGCCGUGCGUACUCUGCGCUUCUCAAAGAGUUCAUCGCAUUAUGUCUCGACGAAAACCCCGCGGAGCGCCUCAUGGCCGACGACUUGCUCCGUUCCAAGUUUGUCAAGUUCCACCGCACUACGCCCACCACCGCGUUGAAGGAACUCAUCAGUCGCUACCUCGUGUGGCGCGAGAAGAAGUCGUCCCGCGACUCGUUCGUGCACAUCGAAGAUGAGCUUAACAGCUCUGAGAUCCUGGUCAAGUGGGACUUUGAUUCGCUCUCGUCUGCAGAGUACGUCGUUGAGGAGAUAGAUAGCGAU